UCACGUUACAACCCGGAAGAGGUGCCUUUCUCUGAUUAACGUUUGAAUAGACAAGAAUGAGCAAUUUAUCUUGAGCAGAAACGAUUAAACGCGAUGCUGCUAACAUCGUACAGCCUUUGAUAAUCAUAUCCGUGUCUUAAUCUUCGGCGCUGGAGGAGAGAGAGGCUGUCGAGUGCGAGCAGCAACGCCCUGAUGCCAGCCGCCCCGUCGGAGAAAAAUACCCUCUCCGCUCUGUUUACAAAUCGGCUGGGCGAAAUUGUUACCCCGCAGUGUGUCGUUAGCUAAUCGUGUGUGCUUUUCAGAAGAAGAGAAAAACAUGGCUGAACUGCAUGUUGUGGAGUCGAGCGGCACUGGCACCAUAGAGCAGCCCGAACAACACCGCGAUGUCCGGGGCUCUGUGCGCCUGGCGUCGCCCACUCUCAUGGUUCCGCCGCGGAGCAGCCAGCUCAGCCCCGGCGGGGUGUCGAGCGGCAGUGGCGGACGCUCGGUGUUCGGGUUCCCGGCGAAGAGCAACCCGAGCUCCCCGUCCGAACCGGCGGACAAGCCGGGCUCACGCUGGGUUCGCCUGAACGUCGGCGGGACCUACUUCGUCACGACCAAACAGACGCUAUGUCGGGACCCCAAAUCCUUCCUGUCCCGACUGUGUCAAGAAGACCCCGACCUGGACUCCGACAAAGACGAGACCGGAGCCUACCUGAUCGACAGGGACCCCACAUACUUCGGCCCCAUCCUAAAUUACCUUCGCCAUGGAAAACUGAUCAUGGAUAAAAACCUGGCUGAGGAAGGCGUUCUUGAGGAAGCCGAGUUCUACAACAUCGCAUCACUGGUGAGGCUGGUGAAAGAGAGGAUACGGGACAACGAGAACCGAACAUCUCAGGGUCCUGUGAAGCAUGUGUACCGAGUACUACAGUGCCAAGAGGAGGAACUCACACAGAUGGUCUCUACCAUGUCAGACGGUUGGAAGUUUGAGCAGCUUAUAAGCAUUGGCUCCUCUUAUAACUACGGCAACGAGGACCAGGCAGAGUUUCUAUGUGUAGUUUCCCGGGAACUCAACAACUCUACCAACGGCAUCGUGAUCGAGCCCACCGAGAAGGCCAAGAUCCUUCAGGAGCGAGGCUCGCGGAUGUGAGGACGCCAAGGCGCUGAGCUAUAUAACACUUUAUCAACAAAAAAAUGACAAUAGCAAACAUUUCCUCCAGUUUUCAUGAAGACCCAUGAGUUCCCUCUCUUUCUACCAUCACCUCUGUCUACAUCAUCAUCAACGCCCCGCCCUCCUCCUCUGGUGUGCCUUUCCACAGCGGGGGCUGCCAACCUCUCCCCCCACUCCAGUGCUGCAACUCCACCCAGAUGUUUCUCCUCCUCCGUCACCGGCUGUGGAACACUUGAGGGGGAGUUUAAAAAGGGAUUACCAGUGAGUGUUCUUUUCCUCAUAGCAGCUUUUUUUGAUGGUCAGUGUCACUGCGGUGCAGGCGGGCUAAGGUGCUGGUUGUAGCCCCAUGUUAUUGUCAGUGGGUGGACACUGAGCUCAAAGCUACUAUACAACAUCAUCAUCAUCAUCAUCAUCGCCACCUCUACUUUUGGCUUAGCAGAAACCUCCUCAGGACUCUCAAAGGACGUAAAGGAAUGAAUACCGCUCCUCUGUCUGAGCCUCUUUACCUAAAUCUGUCAAUUGAGCGACUGUUGCGUCUUGAUCUGCACCCCUAGAAUCCUCGGCUGAUUUCUGAGGCAACACACCGAGCCUACCGAGCCUCGAGGAGGAAAGGCGGAGGAUUUGAAGGCACCAUAACGCAGAGUCCGAUCACUCUGUUUGAGCCAUCCUUGUGCAGCAUUUCAGUCUUUACACAUCUUAAAGGAGUAAACCACCAUCUUACAGGCGUUUUGGUCCCGUGUCGCUGUAAAAAUCACAACAUCCUCCUGUUUCCUAUCCCUGGGCCGGAUUUGGUCUCUACUUCCCAGGGAGAAAUGUUUUCGAGCAAAAAAAAAAAAGACUUCACCUGUGUAUAAAUUGUCAAGGCAUGUGAGGAAUCUAUAUAAAUCUAUAUAGGCUACAUGAUGAAAUUAUAUGAAAUGCAAAAUGGUGUAAGUACUGAUUUCUGUAUCAUAGUUGUUAUAUAUUUACAUAUUCUCGGUGGGGUAGUUAUAUUUAAACGAUGGAAAAAAAAUAUCACUUUUCAUAAUCAUUAUUUUUUCCUGAAGGUUUCUCGCCCGGUAACAUGCAGUGCCUCUCUGCUUUCUGUCCAUCACUGAAAUAUCACGUUUUAUCAGCUGCACGUUUUCUGUAAAAAGAGAAAGGAACGUUUUCUCUAUGAUAUCCUACUUCGGUCUCUUGCAUAUCUUAAAAUUGUAAUUGGAGAAAACUGUCAUUUGUCCAGAUAAAGAGGCGGGGACUGUGGCCACUGCGUACGCUGUGCUCUUCCUAUACCAAUGUUCUCUCAACUGCCUCUUUUGCGAAUCUCUCACGACUAAUCACCCAAAAAUCUGUGUUGUCUCCCAUUCUGCAGCACUUGUAGCAACUUAACCCUUUGCGCUUAAACCCUGAGAAACCUGAGCCUACAUUAUCACAGAGAUUUACAGGCCUAAAGCAAACCUGCUGCAUUUAUUUCAGAUGUUAUGUGACGCUGUUUUUCUUGGCUAAAGUACAUUUCUCUUAAAGUAUACUUGACAUUUAGUUGCUGUGUGAAAGUGCUGUUUUUAACACUUGUAACGAAGUCUGAACAAUUAAUCGGAAUUGUAUUGAAAUUGCAGCAUGCACUAGUGCAGUAAAUCUAAAUUUGAGGUGUCAAAUACCAUUCAGCAUGAAGUGUUGGAACUGCAGUGAAAUCUUGGCUUACAGAUCCUGAGGAGGAAAAUCUAAUUAUUAUAUUUUUCAAUAAAAAUCUGAGUAAUGAUGACCAAUAUCUUGAAUCAUAGCGUAACUGCAAUAUCAGUCAAAAAUAUUUGCAAAAACAUAUUUUUUCAAAUCGUUCAGCACCUACAUUAGAUAUCGAAUGCUAACCCCCAACACACUUAACGAUUGUAGGGCCAAAUGUGUGUGCUUAUUAGCUUCUAAGUCAUUGAUGAAUUGGCUCCUACCUAAAAUGUGCAUUUACUAAAUCAGCAGGGCUACGUAACCGGAGCUGAUGACUGAAAAUUAAUCUGCAAAUGUUCUGUUUUAUAUCAUCGUACAUUUGAUAUUUUAGUUUUUUUUCCUGUGAUAAAACCAGACACUAGAAGAUGUUUCCAUAAGUCAAAAAAAUAUGAAAUUCUUUAGUAUCGUCAGACGUUAUUGGAAUUUAACUAUAAAUUGGUUUAUCGAAAAAGCUAUCAAUAAAAAAAGUGAAUUGUUGUAGCCUAGCAGCAAAAACUGUUUAAUCUAUAAAAUGUCAGAAAACAGUUAAAAAUGCACAUGCUAAUAUCUUCUAGUUUCUUCUAGUUUCCCUUCAACGUACAGUAGAGUCGAAAAUCAAGAAUAUUCAACUUAUAAUGAUAUAAAACAGAGAAAUACAGAUCUUGACAUUUGAGAAACUGAAACCAUUGAUUGACUAAUGGUUAAUUCACUAAUGGUUUAACCACUAAUCCCCAAAAAUGUAUUGUCUAUUGCUGUUAUAAAAACGUUGCUACUGGUGUAAAUGCGGCCUUGUUAUAUGAGCAGCUUAAUGCAAAGUUUGAUCCAUAUUAACACAUCAGACGGAGGAUCCCAACAUUUCAUUCAGCCUGACCUCACGUUUUAAAUCCUGUCACGUGAAAGCUAAACAGAGCAUUGAAUCUUUAAUCACUGACACCGAUCACUUUGAUACACCCUUUGUUUGCAUAAAGAACAUAUUUGAUGCGGUUAUGUUAUAUCAAGCAUGAACAAAAAAAGAAUGUGAGAAAAAUGUACCUGUGCUAACGUCAUUCUCCCGAUGUCAGUCAGGUCUCAGAGCUCAAAAUGUGAUGUGACUUAUUCUUUGUUGUUUUUUGUGCAUUUUUUAUUCUACUUUUCUGAGAGUCUUCAGCAGACUGAGCGCUGCUAUAAAACGGCCCAACGUCUCAUUAAGGAGCGCUUUUUUACCUCUCUCCCCUUUGUUGUUUCUCUGGGCCUUUAGCAAAGCACCUUGGGUGUUGUUUCCCCUUCGUCUGUGUCCAGUGUUGUGCCUUUUGACCUGUGUUGUGCACAGUUGUGCUCCCCUCUUAUCAUAAGGUGCCUCUCAUACCUUAAAAAAAAAAAAAAAGCCAGGAAGCACCUACCUGAGGUGUAAUGCGGUUUAGCUUGUUUUCAAUUUCAGUGUUUCAGUGAGAGGCCAAACCAACCCAUUGUCCCCUGCUUUAUUUUACAAUACCGACAAAUUAAAAUUAUAACCAGCUGCUUUCUUUGUGCCAUUGCUUUGCUUUAUCACUCCUGGAGGUUCAGACUUGUGUCCCAAUCUGCUGUAAACACUGCUGGUGGUUUGGCUUUAUUUAAUUUUGUAUGAAACAAUAUAAAAGCAAGGAGCAAUCGGCAGCAGAAAGAUCAUUCACAGCUGACCUCCCUCCUCUUUUCUUUAAAAACCCCCAGCAGUGCACUUCAGAAAAGGAUUUGACUUUAAUCUCAACCUCUUCUUUUGUUUUUGGGUUGCAUGUGGUAGCUAUCUUUAAUUAUACCAUUGUUAGAUGUAUGUUAUCAACCUCUUAAAGCACUUACUGUUCCCCGUCCCGUUCGUGGACCCAGUUGUAUCUUCCCUUGGUUGCACAGUUCAGUGGUUCACAAACUGAGGGUGUAUCCCCAGAAGAGUUCGGAAGUUUGCUAAAAAGAUACGAAAGCAAAACAAAUAUUUUUGUAUUAAUUAUUGUUUUUUUUCCUUAGCCAUGCUAGUAUGGUAGGUGUUUGGUCCAUAUAUAUCAACAACAUGUCGUAUUGAACACAUAUUCAUGGUUCCCAGAGGAUGAUCCCUACUGGCUUUUCGGCUGUACUGCUACGUGUUACUAUCUUAAAGGUUUAGAAUAAGAUUUUUGAUUAAAUUAUAUUAAAAGAACAUGCAAUCUAAGUUAAAAUAAACAGCUGGUAAAUUAAUUGUCAGUAUAAGAUAUAUAUAUUCAUAUAUACAUCUCAUUCAUUUUGUUAACCUUAUUUGUUACCUGUUUAUCAAAAGUCUCAAUAAUGUUGGUUUGGGUACCUUGAAAGAAAUCUGUAUGAAUCCUGUAAUGACAUUUCAUCACCCAAAGCUGUACUUUUCAAAUAUAGUAGUGCUAAUAAAUUAAAUGGUGAAAGUAAGAUAAUUAAGGAGGUAAAAAUGAUACAUGCUAAACAUUAGCAUGUUACCUCGAAGCAAAAAGUACAGCCUUACAGAAUCACUGCUUUGGUUGUUGUUUUUUCUGUGAAUGUUUCUUUGAAUCACCACAUUUUUAAGUUCUUUAGGAAUUUUUAAAAAAGGAUUUAAAUGAAAAGAAAAAGAACAUUUUAAAGUGGUAAGUCAGUUAGUCAGUUGUUGAUGUAAUGUUUCAUAUAAAAAUGGCAGAAAAUUCAGUUUUCGUCCUCCCAAUGUGAAAAUGUUCUGCUUUUCUCUGUUUUAUAUCAUAUUAAUGUAAAUGUCUUGGUUUUCGACAGACAAACGAGAAAGUAAUCAGUAGUUGCAACCCUUGUCAGAAGCCACAAAGUUUGCGAACCACUGACCUUGAUGUGUGUCUAUCUGGACAUUUCGAAUCAAGCAACCUUUUUUCAAGAACAAAAAAAUAGAAAUAAUGACCAUUACAGUUUUUACUUUCCAAUGCACUCGUUAACGUACAGAUUAUGUGCAAUUUUAACAAAUAAAAUAUAUAUAAAUAUAUCUGUUGUUUGGGCACGUGAAAACACAAGAGCAUGCAUUGUUCUAGAGAUUAUGAUGUGUACUGUGUACUGGAUUUUGUCUGACCCAUGUGUUGGUGCAAAGUGUAUGUGAUGCAUGGUGGGAGGAGCAGAGGAAGGCAUGGCUCUGUGUUUGUAGGUAUAGGUUUCUUGUGUGGAACAGUUGGUCUACAACUAGACAUAUUCUCUACUCACAUGUUCUGCUUUUUGUUGUUUUUGUAUCUUUGUCACGUCGGUUUAACUUAAAUACAGAAUAACUAGCUUUGAAAUUAACCAACCAAUCAGAUGCAGACCCCGCCCCCCCUCCUCCUCGCCCCUAACCUUGGUUUAUAAAGCGUUUACGCAACUCAACACACAAAAGAAAGAUUUUUUAAUCCAUGGAUCAUGUUGCCAGUUAACCUGUAAACACCUGCAUGCGUUUGUGGACAUGCACACUUGUACACUCAUUUAGAGGUAUUGAAUAAUGUCACCUAUUAAACGUUACUUUGUGUUCAUUCAUCAACAGUAUUUGAUGUCAAAUGUGAAUAUUGUCAAUGGAGACUGUGCAGAAAAAUGUUUCGGAAGCUGACAAAAAACACUUUUUGUCGGAUUUUGUUUCACUUUUAUUUAUUUUAUAUUUUUUUGAAUUUGUCUACCAAUGUUGUUCUUUUACAUGUAACAAUUUUAACAAAACCCUGUCUGGUUUUUAAUCAUAAAAUGUGUCUGUGUUUUAAAAAAAUGUGACUCACUGAUUGUUUGUAGGCUACUGUGGAUUUUUAAAGAUGAUGAACCUAGAUAAAGAUAUAAAACGUUUUACAUAUAGCCACCUGUUCUACCACUCAGGAUGGUUUUACUUCUUAUAAUUUGCAUAUAUUUCCAUUGCUCACAGUGUAGGGUAAAGCCACAAAAGACACCAUAAAUUAAAUGUUAUGCUCCUUCAUUUAAAUGGUCAGUUCACAAUAAUCAGACACUUUUUCUCACCUACCCCUGGUGUUAUUCAGUGACAGAUAUCUCAAAAUGUGUGCAGAUAAAACUGAAGUGAGAAUGGUACAUAGAGAAGAUAUUUUACAUUGAAAAAUGUGGAACAUUAUGUAAAACACAUUUCAUUUAGGCUCUUGAACCAAUGUGAAAAAAACUUGCAUUUAAAAAACAAACAUUGGUGCUACCAAGGGCAAUAUUGUAGACUUUUCUUUUACAAUUUGAAUGAUUGAAUCACUUAAAAAGACGAAUAAGGUAAUAACAAAAAACAUAUCACUUAUUAUAUGGUUUAUUUCAUUGUAUAUCAUUAAAUCUUUUCAUCUAUAA